AUGGCUCUCUUCUCGUGCUCCCUCUCAGUACUCUCUUAGAAGUUUGUGAAGUUUCGGCCUGUCGUAUAAAACUUUGACACACUUCCAUUGAUUUGUGGUGGACAGUACAUUGACUGGUUGAAUUAUGGUUUGGUAGGGGAACACCAAAACCUUUGACUGGAAAGGUCCACACAAAGCCGUAGAUAUGGCCGAUCCCAUUCUGGGUACAUUGUGUGUCCCACACCACGAACCUUCGGCUCACAGCAACAUCGACAGGAAACUGCAGACACGGGAAUCUGAGAUAUUAUUUCUCCAGACUGAAGAAAGCUGACUUCAUUUCUCCGGUGACAACCUGUGUGUCCCACACCACGAACCUUCGGCUCACAGCAGCAUCGACAGGAAACUGCAGACACGGGGAAUCUGAGUGAACAACCCACCCUUGCUGCUCACCAAUCAGCUGUUUCCACUGACACACAUCACUUCCUGAAUGGUGACAUCACCUCCAGCUCUUCCAAUGGUCUCGACAAGAUGCUGCCUGACCUGCUGAAUAUUUCAACGAUUCUCUGAUUUCACCCCAGGAAAAAAUUCUGCAGAAUCUUCAUUACACUCCCUUGAGAGAAAGUGUAUCAUUCAUUUACUACGGUCAACAAGUUUGUACCCAGUCCUCCUGGUGUGGUGUCAUGAAGACCAGUUAUAAUUCUGUGACCAAUUCCAGGUUGCCAUGGUGAUCACCUACCGACUGUACUCAGUACACACUGUGCCAGGACAACGAUCACCAGCCAGAGGCACGAAACCAUUCAGCCCUGUGAUCCUGGGACAGGAGCUGUGUAUUCCAAUAAGACAUCAGGCACAGCAAAUAUCCAGGACAGGAAUCAAGUGAAAACCAUAAAUCUUUGGAGACAAGUUUUAUCUUUGUGAGAAUUCAAGAAACAGAACAGUACUCCUAUUCCCAAAACACCCCAAUCAGCACGUCGCUCCCCGAAGUAGUCCCACCUCUAAGAAAGAGAACAGAGAUUCCAGGAGAACACAGAGCGCAUCAGAGACGAUGACGAACAUUUUACCUGGUGGAAAUAAUGAGUCUGUAAAUCUCAGCCCCCCACAAAUUGUAAAGGAUUUGGGAUUACAGGAUCUAUAUCCUCACAAAUUGUCUCUUCAGACCGUGCGGGAGGUGUCCCAGGAUAAACCAGAGGACAGCAAACCAACUUGUGCAGAAGAUCUUCCCUGGCGAUUUCUCCAAAGGAUCCUCUCAGCCAAUUCACUGGCGAGGAAUCCUGACUGGCCACCUGAUCUGUCCUUGGACAGUGAGGAUGAAGAUGAUGAUGAUGAAGACUUCAGUGAUUUCUUUGAAGUUAAAGGACAUGGGAAUCAUGGGAUGAAUCCUCUGGAUAUCAUUGCUGCCAUUUUCCUCUGUGCUGACCACUCUCUCCAGCAGGAACUGAUGCUGAAGAUGUCUCUGUGCCAGUUUGCAUUACCCUUUCUGAUGCCAGACACUCACAGUCACCCCAUGGACAAGGUGAGGGGACCCACAGAAGGGCCUGGUGCCACCCUUCUCCUCUGGGCCAUGAGGCCCAUUGUUAAAACAUGGUGCCCACAUUCUCCUACAGACAGCAGCCCCGUUGUGGAGGUGCCCAUCGUGACAGCGGCCAUGCCAACGGUGUCCUUCCUCAGACUGGGAAGGUGCACAGUGUCCAAAUCCCGAAUCCUCAAUCUCACCCUGAGUCAGGCACAGCUGCAGCAGAACAUCUUCCUGCACUCCGAGAUGGAAUGUGGGAAUGUGCCCCGCAGGAUAUCCGAUGGAAUGGCUGAGAUCAGCUGGUAUCUCCCUUCUGGGAAGAGAAACACGGAUAUUUUCCCAGAGGCUGCUGCAUUCAUUAACCUCCGAGGCGAUGCUGAAACUUUCCAGGGAAACGCUCGGUUUCUGGCAAAAGUAUCUGCUGCUCUCUUUAUUUUCAUUGAUGUUAUCGGUGAGAAGGAACGAGAAUUCCUCACCUCUCUCACACAGUCACCAACAAAACUCUUUCUCAUAGUCAACACCCACAUCAAUCAGCAACACAUAACCCCUGAGCAGGUGAAGAAUCUGUUCAAAGAUCUAAAGUUAGAACGUCAACAACGCAUUCUUCGGACAAAUGUAAAUGAGGCUAAACUUGUGGAAAAGCUCCGUUCUCAGAUCAAACAAGUAAUUCUAAUGAGGGACAGGGACCAGACCUUGCUGAGCCUGGAGAAAAUGGCUGACAUUGCAAUGGAAAGUGGGAUUGAGGUCGGCGAACGUCAACCUGAAAUACAACGAGCCAAGGAACUGACCAAAAUACUGGACAGACUUGACUCAGGAGACAUUACUGGGUAUAAAAGGAGAGUGUUGCCCUUUCAUGGAGAGCCCUGGCAAGGGUUGUCUAAAGUUGAAAAAGAGAAAUCGCGGAUGAAACUCCGUGGGGACAGAACCACAGUCGUGUAUAACCACCAACUGGACCAGGAGAAGAACAGAAUCCGGGAAGCUCAGCUCAGACAGAGUCUGUCGGACGAAAUGCGGCUGUUCAUUGAAUACCUCACCCGUCAUGGUGGGGUUGACAGAGCCAUUUCCCUACAGUGGCUGAAGCUGGAACUGGACAGUAAAUCACGGGAAGUUAUGGCAGGAUUGCGUAGAAUUUAUAAAGAACUGUGCAAAGACUCAAAGCAGAAGGUGAAGGAACUGAAGGAGUUGGAUCAGAAGAUGUCUGAUAGUUCCCUGGGACUCGAGCAUUUCAUGAGGGAACUUGGCCAGAUUUAUGAACUUUCAGUGACUCGACACAACGUCACCCGAAGGACACAGAUCCACCCAAAGGUGUCGCAGUUCCCAGGGGUUGCUGCUGAACUGUUGCUGGAAGGGUUCCCACUGGAACUCAUCGAUGGAGACGUUUCCAACGUUCCCAUUCCAUGGAUCACUGCCGUACUCACAGAGCUGGCCAACAAAGUGGGAAGAGCUUGCCGAGUGUUUGUGCUGACAGUGAUCGGAGUUCAGAGCUCGGGCAAGUCCACACUCCUCAACACAAUGUUCUGUUUGCGGUUUGCUGUGAGCAGCGGCCGAUGUACUCGAGGGGCCUACAUGCAGUUGAUCAAAGUCACAGGGAGCCUGGCCGAGGAGCUGGGCUGUGAGUUCAUCCUGGUCAUUGACACAGAGGGGCUGAGAGCCCCAGAACUCGCAACACUGACAGACAGCUACGAGCACGACAAUGAGCUGGCAACGUUCGUGGUUGGAUUAAGCAACUUAACGUUGGUAAACAUCGGGAUGGAAAAUCUGUCAGAGAUGAAAGAUAUUUUACAGAUUGUUGUUCAUUCCUUAAUCCGCAUGAGGGAGACAGGAAAAGGGCCAAAGUGCAUAUUUGUGCACCAGAACGUCGGCGAUGUGAGUGCGCACGAGCAGAAUCUGAGAGGCCGUCAGAAACUCCUGGAGCAGCUGGAUAAGAUGACAGAGGCUGCAGCAAAGCUGGAGAAGGUAGACCGAGUAACGUUCCGGGAUGUGAUGGACUAUGAUGCUGACAAGGACAACUGGUACAUCCCUGGUCUGUGGCAUGGUACACCCCCAAUGGCUGCAGUCAACACCGGCUACAGUGAACACGUCUCCCAACUGAAGAAGAACCUAAUUCAGUGUCUACUCCAACGGAGCAAAAGCCAAAGAGCUUUCACUAUUCCGGACUUUAUCAAAUGGAUGGCUGGGCUUUGGGAGCAGGGGAAACACAAAAAUUUCAUUUUCAGCUUCCAGAACAGCCUGUUCGCAGAGGCUUACAACCAUCUCUCCGUGAAGUACAAGGACUGGGAGUGGGAACUCCACAAAUUCACUCACUCCUGGGGAAAUGAGGCUGAAAAUAGAAUCAGCAAUGCCAAAGGAGAUCUCACCGAACUGCUCCAUAAUCUGGAGAGGGAGAUGAGGACAGAGAUGAACAAAAGGGAGGGUGUCACUCUGGAUAAACUACAAGCUCUGUAUGAAAGUGGGGCUGAUAACGUGUAUCUGAUGGAGAAAUACAGAGAGGAAUUUAAGCACAGCAUCUCCAGUUUAUGCAGCCAACUUCAGUGCGAUUCAACGCAGAGAUGUAGAGAUGCCGUGAGUAGACGAGUGGGACUACAGGGAGUGGAUGAUAUUUGUAAUAACUUUCACAAGCAGAUUGGAGAACAGGUGAAGGAGCUUUUACAGAAGUGUAAAGCAGCAAAUCGGGAGUUGGGUCAACAGGAAUUGCAAAAUGAAUUUGAAACAAUGUGGAAAAGUACACUCUCUCAGCUGGAGUAUCAGCCCUGCAGAAAAAGAAAGAUUGAACAGGAGAUUGAAAAUCUUCUCAGAGAGGAAACAAAAACUCAAGGGAGAGUGAUUAAUGAAAGGCUAAAAGGUAACAAUCUCUGUGAACUGGGGACCCAGUACUUUCAGAUUGAAGAGAAACACAUCAAUGUGUCACGUUGGAGAUGGGGUACAAGUAAACACAUUCCAUCCAGAUUGAAAUCAGAUCUCGAUCAAGCAGCAAUGAUUACAAAGCCCAUCGAGGAUGAAUGCAGACAUUGGAUCACUGACAUCACAAAAAAGGACAUGGAUUAUGACAAAAAAUAUUGCAUUGAACUUUUGAACAUGAUAGAGGGAAACGUUGACAAUAUUUCACAUCAAAACUUUUCAAUGUCUGAGGUUUUCAAGGCCGAGUUUAAACUUCACCUGUGUGGUUACGCUGUACCAAGAUUCCAGGAGAUGCACAGGAGGUUUAUCCACAACCACGACCCACAGAGAAGACUGGAAAACAUGAAAAGUCAAUACUUUGAUCUCUUCAUGGAUAUUUACACAGAGCAGGAUGAGAACCAGAGACAAGCAGAACGAUUUGCACGAUCUUGUUUCUUGCCAGCUCUCCGAGACGCCACCCUCAAGACUCUCAGCGUGAACAUCGUGGAUGAUAUGAAAAAACACGACCCUGAGCGACAGUACAGUCUCCGCAACAACUUCACUGUGGCCCUCCUGGUCCACCUGAAACAAACACAUCAAUUUGAUGAAUAUCUCCGGUACAUCAGAGAUUUUGAGAAUUUCGCCAAAGACUGGCUCCAUCAGCAAGUUAUUAAACACUGCAAGACAGAACACGAUGGGGAGAGCACAUUUACCCGUCUGGCUAAAGAAAUCCUCACAGAGAUCACUGGGCAAGCUAAGGACAUUGUUCAGGAUGCAGUGAAGCAGAACUUUGCUGGAAAUGCUCAGAGCUUCCUAAACACGUUUGUUGAAAAGUUAAACACAAGAAUCUCGAUGCCCAAAGAUGAGAUGAAACUUGUUCUGUUUCAGAGUGGCAGUGAUGGCAAGAAAUGUGCAGAAGCCAUUCUGCCAUGUAUUGAAGAGAUGGAGAAGAAACUCCUCGAUGAGGUAAAAGGCUGGGAUGUCAAAGCAAAGAUUGAAGAAUUAUCCAUUAAACCCAGGGAGGAGUUGUUCAAAGGGUUAUUCAAUUGUACAAAGAAAUGUCCUUUCUGUGGGGUUUUCUGUGACUCAGAGACCCCGGUUCACUCACAACACUCCUGUAAACAGCACAGACCUAGAGGACUCAACGGAUGUCAAUUGAUAGACAGUGAACGUCUUGCAAUGGGUAUCUGCACAGCUUCAGUCGCAAGUGAUAGAUCAUUCCAAAGUAAAGACACAAAUGGGAAAUUCCAUCCCUACAAGGAUUAUCAAACAGUCAAUGAUUACUACAAAUCCUGGAUUAUCCAAAGGGAGAUCUCCGCACAGGCAGCAUCCUAUUGGAAGAAGGUUUUCUACACUUUCAAUCAGCAGUUUGCUGAUGAAUACGGAGCAAAGCCUGCAGAGAUCAAUGAAAGCUGGAACAUUGACUGGGAUGUGGUGAGGGAAGAAAUGAACAAGAUGUAUAAUACAACCAUUCUGUCUUGGUAAUGUCUCUUUAAAUGGCGUUACUCAGUGAGAGACAGACAAAGGGAAACUGUGUCGGAAGGAUUGGACAGAAUAAAACAAAGUGUGUUCAAAUCCAAAUCCAAUCACAAGUCAUCAAAAUAAUUAGCAGAGCAGAGGGAAUGUUUCAUUCCUAUGUUCAUGGUCAAUAAAGUCCUCACUUACUCUCCCUUUCCCCAUAACUCAAGUCCUGGCAACAUCCUUGUAAAUUGUCUCUGCUCUCUUUCAAGCUUAUUAAUAUCUUUCCUGUGGGGAGAUGACCAGAACUGCACACAAUACUCCAAACUAGGCCUCUCCACAGUAUUGUCCAGCUUCCAAAUCCCAACUCCUGUAAUCAGUGCCCUGAUUUAUGAAGGAUAAUGCACCAGACACUCUCUUUAUGACCCUAUCUACCUGUGAUGCCUCUUUCAAUGAUGGCUCUGUAUUUCCAGUCCCUUUGUUCUACAUCAACAUUAUUCCCACCCUUAUCCCGAUAUCCCUGAUCCCUCUCAUUCCCAGAAAUAUGCUGAUCUUGCUUUUGAGCAAGCCAAUCCCUGAGCUUCUCUCUACAGCUCCAGGGUGGAGAAUCUUUGCCCCUCAUCUCCACUCACAUUCCCAUUUCAGUAAACUUGGAAAUGUUACUUUUGGUCUCCUCAGGGAAAUAACUGACUGUGAAUAACUGGGGCCCAAGCACUGAUCCCUGUCUGAAACACCCCACGGAUCACAGACCAGUCAUGUGAGAAGGACACAUUCCUUCCUGCCAUUUCCUUUCUCUAUGUUAACCAAUGUUCAGUCCAUGCUGGAAAUCUCUCCCAGUUCCAAGUGCUCUCGUCUUCUAUCCCAACUCCAUCUGCUCUGAACUUGUUCACCAACCUCCAGUGAGAGACCUCAUCAAUAACCUUCUGAAACUCCAAAUACAUCACAUCUACUGGUUCCCCCUGAACGACUUCACUCGAUACUUCCCCAAAGACCUCGGAAAGACCAGUCAAAUGUGACUUCCAUUUCAUUAAUCCAGGCUGACUCAACUCACUCAUAAUAUUUUCCAAUGACCUUGAUAUCACAUCCUUCAUUGUAGAUUCCACCAUUUCUCUGAAUGCCAGUGACAGGCUAACAGUUUGGUAGCUCACUGUUUCCUCUCUCCCUGCACUCUGGAGGAGUUCAGAGAGUCUGUGGUCUGCUGACCUGAUCCACUGAGUUCCAGCAGCUCGUUUUUCAUCCCAGAUUCCAGUCCCUGCAGACCCGUGUGUUCCCAGCAGACAUCACUGAGCAGCUUCAGCAGGCAGCUCAUUCCCUUCAGCACAUUGAAUAAAGCACUCUGCUCACACACUGUUUCUCCUCCCUCAGAUGCUGCCCGACCUGCUGAGCAUUUCCAGAUUUCCAGCCUCUGCAGUUCUUUCAUUGUCACUGACUCUGUCUGACCGUGUGAGAUUUUCUAAACACCUUGUCAUCGUUCCUUCAGUGUGUGUUCAGCAUUUUCCCAGUGGCAGACAGCAAGACACCGAGUUUCCUGCUCUCUACCUCCGUCCUUUCUGAAAUGGGAUCCUUACAUUUGUAGUUUUCCAAUCAGCUGGGCCCAUUCCAGACUCUGGGAAAUCCUGGAACAUCCCAGCAAACUGGAACGCCAACAUUGGAUCAUGUAACCGUGUAUCAGAGUACAGGCCUCUUCCCCGUGAUAUUGUGCCAACAACUUAAACAACUCCAAGAUAAAUCUAGCCCCUCCCUCCCACAUGGCCCUCCAUUUUUUCUGUCACCCAUGUGUAUUUAAGAGUCUAUCAAAUGCACCUGAUGCCUUUGCCUCUACCACCAGCCCAGGAGUGUGUUCCACACCGACCACUCUCUGUGUAAAAAUAACUUACCUCUCCUGUACUUUCUCUCCAAAACUUUAAAGUUAGGCUCCCUCAUAUUAGCCAUUCUCCCCCACAGAAAAAUGUCUCCGGCUGUCCAGUCGAUCCAUGGCACUUAUCAUUCUCUACACCUCUAUCAAAUCACCUCUCAUCCUCAUUGUCUCCAAAGAGAAAAGUCAAGCUCACUCAUGAAAUACAAUGUUGGAAACUGCAUGGUGAUGCACUUUGGCAGGCUGUUUUCUAAAUGGGGAAAAAGCAACAAUCUGAGUUACAAAGGGAUUUCGGAGUCCUUCUGCAGAACAUAAAGGUGAACUUGCAGGUUGAGUCAGUGGGCAGGAAGGAAAUGUUAGCAUUCAUUUCAAGACGUCCAGAAUACAAGAGCAGGGAUGUGAUGCUGAGGCUUUAUAAGGCACAGGUGAAGCUUUACCUUCUGUAUUGUGAACAAAUUUUGGCUCCUCACUGAAGAAAACAUAUGCUGGCAUCGAAGAGUGAAUUUGUGGAAUUUGUUACCACAUGCAACUUUGGAGGCCAGGUCAUUUGGUGUUUUUAAGGCAGAUAUUGAUAAGUUCUUGACUGGCUACAGCAUUAAAAGUGAUAGGGAGAAGGCUGGGGUGUGGGGUUGAAGAGGGGAAAAAAGGAUCAGCCAUGAUUAAAUGGCAGAACAGACUCGAUGGGCCAAAUGGCCAAAUUCUGCUCAUCUGUCUUAUGAUCUUUUGGUCUUUAUUCCAGACAACAUCCUGCUUCAUCCCCUCUGCACCCUCUCUAAAGCUUCCACACCUUUCCUAUAAUUAGCAGCCAGAACUGAACAUAAUAUUCCAAGUGUUGUCUGACCAGGGUUUAUUGAGCUGCAACACGACCUCAUAGCUAUUGAACUCAAUAUCCUGAUGAGUGAAGGCCAACAUACCACACGCCUUAUUAACUACCCUGUCAACUAACAGCAGCUUUGAGGGAUCUAUGGAUUUGGACCCCAAGAUCUUGCUGCUCCUCAACAUUUCUAUGAAUCCUGUAUUCUGCCUUGACAUUUCACCUUCCAGAAUGAAUCACUUGACCCUUUUCUGGAUUGAAGUCCAUCUGCCACUUCUCAGCCCAGCUCUGCACCCUGUCAAUAUCCCGUUGUAACCUACGACAGCCUUCUACACUAUCCACAACUCCACCAAUCUUCAUGUCAUCUGCAAAGUCACUAACCCCACUUCCAUUUCCUCAUCCAAGUCCUUUGUAAAAGCCACAAAGAGCAGGGACCCCAGAACAAAUCCCCAUGGAACACAUUGGUCAUGGAUCUCCAGGCAGAAUACCCUCCCUAAACUCCCACCCUCUGCCUUUGUUGGGCAAGGCAAUUCUGAAUCCAUGCAGCCAUGUUUCAGAUCCCAUAACUCCUGGCUUGUGAAUGACUCUACCUGCGGAGAGGAAGGAGGAGAAGCAGGAGGAGGAUCAGGACG